AUGGCGUCCUCAGGUAUCAAGAAGAUCAAGGUCAAGAACCCCAUCGUCGAGCUCGACGGCGACGAGAUGACGCGCAUCAUCUGGCAGGAGAUCAAGGACCGCUUCAUCCACCCCUACCUGGACAUCGACCUCAAGUACUACGACUUGGGCCUGCCCUACCGCGAUGAGACCGACGACAAGGUCACGCUGGAUGCCGCAGAGGCUAUCAAGAAGUACUCGGUUGGUGUCAAGUGCGCAACCAUCACGCCCGAUGAGCAGCGUGUCGAAGAGUUCAAGCUCAAGAAGAUGUGGCUGUCCCCCAACGGCACCAUCCGAAACCACCUAGGAGGAACCGUCUUCCGCGCACCCAUCGUUAUCCCCGCCAUCCCCCGUCUCGUACCCGGCUGGAAGCAGCCCAUCAUCAUCGGCCGUCAUGCUUUCGGCGACCAAUACCGCGCAAAGGACCGCGUUAUCCCCGGUGAGGGCACCCUCGAGAUGGUAUACACUCCCAAGGGCGGCAAGCCCGAGGUGAUCAAGGUCUACGACUUCCCCGAGGGCGGAGGUGUCGCUCAGACCCAGUACAACACCACAGAGUCAAUCACGGGUUUCGCACAUGCCUCCAUGAAGCUUGCGCUCGACAAGAAGCUGCCGCUGUACAUGAGUACCAAGAACACCAUCUUGAAGGCGUACGACGGCAAGUUCAAGGAUGUGUUCCAGGAGAUCUAUGAUACCCAGUACAAGAAGGACUUCGAGGCUAAAGGCAUCUGGUACGAGCACCGUCUCAUUGACGACAUGGUCGCCCAGAUGAUCAAAAGCGAAGGCGGUUACAUUAUCGCCAUGAAGAACUACGACGGAGACGUCCAGUCCGACAUUGUCGCCCAGGGUUUCGGUUCCCUAGGUCUCAUGACCUCGGUUCUCAUCACCCCCGAUGGCAAGACCUUCGAGGCUGAAGCUGCUCACGGCACCGUCACCCGCCACUACCGCGAACACCAGAAGGGCAAGGAGACGUCCACCAACCCCAUCGCCUCUAUCUACGCAUGGACACAGGGUCUCUCCAAGCGCGGUGAGCUCGAUGGCACACCCGAGCUCGUCACCUUCGCGGAGCAGCUUGAGAAGGCAUGCGUGGACGCUGUCAAUAUUGACAGCAUCAUGACCAAGGAUUUGGCACUUGCGUGCGGAAAGAAGGAGAGGAGCGCGUACGUGACGACCAACGAGUACUUAGAUGCCGUUGAGCGGAGACUCAAGUCUAGCUUGAAGGAGAAGCUAUAA